AUGUCGUGUGAUUCUGAAGCUUCUGCUUCUAGUGCCCAACUGUUUCUUCUCAACCUCUCUCACGCUCCUUCCCUACACGUUCUCUCAGUCUCUCACCUUCUACCUUCGCCCAAAUUUCAUUCCCCCACUCUCACUCACUCCUUCCUUCUCCAACCUUCUCUCCUUUUCAUUUCCUCCUACCUUCCCCAACCGUUUCUCAUUUUCACUCCCUCUCCUUCUCACUCUUUCCCUCCACUCAUUCCCUCCACCCUCGGCUUUCUCUCAUUCUCCCUCUUCCUCCUCUCAUUCCCUCCACCCUCAGCUUUCUUUCAUUCUCCCUCUUUCUCCUCUCAUUCCCUCCACCCUCAGCUUUCUCUCAUUCUCCCUCUUCCUCCUCUCAUUCCCUCCACCCUCAGCUUUCUCUCAUUCUCCCUCUUCCUCCUCUCAUUCCCUCCACCCUCAGCUUUCUCUCAUUCUCCCUCUUCCUCCUCUCAUUCCCUCCACUCUCAGCUUUCUCUCAUUCUCCCUCUUCCUCCUCUCAUUCUCUCCACCCUCAGCUUUCUCUCAUUCUCUCUCUUCCUCCUCUCAUUCCCUCCACCCUCAGCUUUCUCUCAUUCUCCCUCUUCCUCCUCUCAUUCCCUCCACCCUCAGCUUUCUCUCAUUCUCCCUCUUCCUCCUCUCAUUCCCUCCACUCUCAGCUUUCUCUCAUUCUCCCUCUUCCUCCUCUCAUUCUCUCCACCCUCAGCUUUCUCUCAUUCUCCCUCCUCUCAUUCUCUCCACCCUCAGCUUUCUCUCAUUCUCCCUCCUCUCAUUCUCUCCACCCUCAGCUUUCUCUCAUUCUCCCUCCUCUCAUUCUCUCCACCCUCAGCUUUCUCUCAUUCUCCCUCUUCCUCCUCUCAUUCCCUCCACCCUCAGCUUUCUCUCAUUCUCCCUCCUCUCAUUCUCUCCACCCUCAGCUUUCUCUCCUUCUCCCUCCUCUCAUUCUCUCCACCCUCAGCUUUCUCUCAUUCUCCCUCUUCUCCCUCCUCUCAUUCCCUCCACUCUCAACUUUUUCUCAUUCUCCCUCCUCUCAUUCCCUCCACCCUCAGCUUUCUCUCAUUCUCACUCUCUCCUUCCUUCCUUCUCUCACUCUUCUUCACUCCACCACCCUCCCUCCUUCCUAACUUCCGCAACCUUCUCUCAUUCACCCUUCUUCGUCCCUUAUUUUCUCUCACUCCCUCUUCCACCUUCUCACUUUUCCUCCUCUCUCCCCACUUCAAUACUCAUUUGAAUCUGUUACCAUCUCGCUUACAUAAAGUGUAA